UGGUCUUAUUUUUAAGAUCAUGAAGAACUCUGUGGCACCAGUUAUGGAUCUUUUUGCCUAAAUGGAGGGAUUUGUUAUAUGAUUCCUACUGUAUCCAGUCCAUUCUGCAGGUGUAUUGAGAAUUACACAGGAGCUCGUUGUGAGGAAGUUUUGCUGCCCAGCAUCAAAUCCCAAACAAAAGGUGACCUGUUUGCAGCUUUCUUGGCUUCCCUUCUUCUUCUAGGAGUUCUUGCAAUUGGAGCAUUCUACUUCCUUUGCAGGAAAGUUUCUAUUCCAAGGACAAAUUCUUCAGAGUAUGGUGCCAACCUAGUUGAAACUACAAGCAGCAAUGGCUGCAACAAAAUAACAACAGCCUAAAGAAUUAGAGUGGAAGAACGGUGGAGAACCAACAUGCAGAGCAACCCUAAGAAUCUAAGUUGUAGAAGGUGACAUGGUAAGCAAGAUGGGAGAAGAAAGUUGACUGAAACAGAAGGCUGACAUGUUGGAGAAGACUUCAUCUAAGACUUAAACAGUUGCACUUACUGGAGUUUCUAUGUACUUUUAAAACUGUAUCAAUUAUACAGAAAUCACUAUAAUUUAUGUUUGAAUUCUGUGAGAUUUUUUUUAUGGUUUUCAAUAAUGCACAGGUAGAUGCAUGAGAUAAUUUUGGGUUUUACUACAUAGGAAAUAAAUAAAAUACAAUAUUUAUUUUACUGCA